AUGUGGAGACUGCGAGAGACGAAGGUGGGUCGGGUGGUAUGGCGCGCGUGGUGCCUGGCCGAGGUGUGUUUCAGCACCGUGCUGCACCUCACGUACGCCGCGUGCAUGGUGUACUGGGCUCUGCUCACCGACCUCAUCGCCGCUAUCUCAUCCACCGUCACCGACGCGUCGUUUUUCCCCCGAGUCUUCCUCAAGCUGCUCAAGGCCGGAUGGACCUGCUGCACCUCCCCGUGCCGCCUCUAUGCCAAGGCAUGCAAGGCGUCAGCUUACCCCCUCCCUUCAAUGCCCAACAGCAGUAGCAGUGGCGGAUGGUUUGGCGACCAUACAAACGAAUCGGUCAGAUCUCAUCAUGCAUCCUGCAGUGGCGCCCAUCUUGGUGGUCCUCCAUCUGAUGCUGCUGCAGAUGCUGCCGCGAACAGCAGCAUCGCAGAUCCUCCGGCUUCUGAAGGCGUCGAUUGGCUGGUGGAGUCGCAGGCCCGAAUGGGACCGGAAGGCUGUCUGCAGACCGACAUCCCGCUGUCGCAAGGCGAGCAGCAGGAGCAGAAGAGGCGGCAGCAGCUGCGAUGGCGGAAACGGCUGACCGCGACGUUCCGCAGCCGCUACACCAAAUCGGCUUCUGCUGUCGAGACGUCCCGGAAUGCUACUGCGGGUGCAGGCGUCGGUCGGAAAGGAAGCGCUGUCAACGGAAAGGGUAUGGACGCCGCGGAUGGAGUAGCGUCGCCGUGCUCGCCUGACGCCGUCACUCCCAUCGUGCUGGUUCAUGGAAUCUUCGGCCUCUCGCAGAAGUUCGGCGGCAUAUCGUACUUCGGCGGCGCGGAGUACCGGCACGACAAGGUGCUGGUGCCGGACCUGGGAUCGCUCACGAGCAUUCACGACCGAGCCAGGGACCUCUUUUACUACCUCAAGGGCGGCACCGUCGACUAUGGCGUCGAGCACAGCGCCGCUUGUGGCCACGACCGCUUCGGCAAGACAUACGCGCAAGGCAAGCACCCGCUGUGGGACGCGCAGCACCCGAUACACCUGGUGGCGCACUCGUCCGGCGUGCAGGCCGCCAGGAUGCUACAGCACAUGCUCCAUAACAAGGAGUUCGAGGGGUACGACGACACGAGUGCGGACUGGGUGGCAUCCAUCACAUCGCUGUCCGGUGCGCUAAACGGCACCACGCGCGUCUACAUCGAUGGCCUCUCCGUGCGCGACGGCGUGACGAUGCGCCCCAUGUGCCUGCUGCAGGUGCUGCGCAUCGGCUCCAUCAUAUUCGAGUGGCUCGACAUCGCCCCGCUUAAAGCCUUCUACUCCUUUGGCUUCGACCACUUCCCGCUCUCCUGGCGCCGCGUGGGCCUCUGGGGGCUCGUGAAGGCGCUGGCGGGGAAGACAGGGCCGUUCGCGUCGGGCGACUGGAUGCUGCCAGACCUGAGUCUGCACCACAGCAUGGAGCUUAACAAGAAGCUGCAGACGCACCCCAACACCUACUACUUCAGCUAUGCGACAGUGAAGACACGCAAUCUGAUGGGAUGGGUGGUGCCCGCGGCUCUCUCCAUCCACCCCAUCUUCACCCUCCGCUCGCUGCAGCUGUGCCUAUGGCGCCUCCCCAAACACGCACCUAAACCCUACCCUACCUACCGCGACAAGGACUGGUGGCACAACGACGGUGCGCUCAACACCAUCUCCAUGCUCUACCCGCGCUUCCCCACGCCACAGCCGCACUCGCCCCUCCCCCGCAUGCAGCCCUCGCAGGGCACCCCACCAUACAAGCCAGGCAUCUGGUACUUCUCCCUCCUGGAGGCAGAUCACAUCCUGUUCAUCAUCAGCCGGCAGCGUGCGGGCGUGCGCUUUGACGUGCUCUACGACUCCAUCUUCCACCGCUGCCGCACCGACCUCACUGCCCUCUCCAUCAUCGCCUCUGCUGACGCCAAUGCCGCCCCCUCCGGCUCGCUUACUGCUCAGACUGCUGCUGCUGUUGCUGCUGCAGAUGGAGGAUGGCUGGGGGCUGAGCAGGGUCAGGUGUCGGGGGAGGGAGAGGAGGUGCAGGAGGGAGUGGGGUUGGCGUUGAGUGAAGUGGGGGCAAAGGUGAACAGUGGUGCUGGGACCACCACGUCUCGUUCAUAUCGCCUUGUCACUUCCUCCUCCACGCCCUCCUUUUUGCCCUCCAAUGUUGCUUCGCCACGUGGCAAGUGCGAGAAGGCUGGAGGUGCAGUUUCAGGGGCAGGGCUUGGCUUAGAUGGUGGCAGGGCAGGGGGUAAGUGCAGAGAGAUCAGUGAAAACGGGGUGGUGGAUGGGGAGGAGGGCAGCACAGAGAGUGUGCUUGAGUGGGCUCCCCAGUACAAGUGGGCUGUUGGUGAGAAUGAAGUGGAGGAAGUGGAGGAGGGGAAAGAGAUGGGGUACUACCAGUACCAGGAGCAGGAGGCGCAGGGUGCGAGGGUAGACGGGUGCCAUGAGUGCGACAGGCAGCAGAAGGCACUGGCAGCAGUGGUGGAUCUAUUUGGUGCGCCGCUCACCAAUGUGUGCGUGUGCAGCUUGAGGAAUGGCCGUGGCGGCAGUGGGAGCAGGAGUGGCAGCGGGAUGCGAAGCACCAUGAGCCUGGACUUUCUUGGGGACAUGUGGUCGUGGAAUGGAGGGAAGGACGUGAGCAGCGGUCGCACCAGAAAGGGAAAGGAAAACACGGCCAGAAUAAGAAAGCGCAUUUCGACACCGCCUUUCGACACCUCCGGAUCUCCCCUACCGUCCGCCAUGCCACUCUCGAAGCAUCGCGACUGCCCGCGAGCGCCGCACAUGCAUCUCCUCGCGCUCGCCCUCCUCGCGCUGCUCUCCCUCCCCGCCGUUCUCAUCUCCGCCGCCGCGUCCCGCACGCCCGCGCAGGCGGAGGAGCGCGCGGAGAUGAAGCGCAAGCUGAACGAGGUGGGUGCGCGGCACCCGAUCGUGGUGGUGGGGCGGUCGUACUGCCGCGAUACCCGGCGAAUGCGGGCGCUGAUGGAAGGGCUUGCGAGCGACUCGGGCGGGACUAUUUGGCCGGUGAACGUUGACGGCACCGAGGAAGGGCCAGGCAUCGAGAAUGCCGCGGAGGUCGUCUACGGCACCACCGCCAUGCCGCAGGUGCGUGCGCCGCUGCGCGCAGGUGGGGGGUUUUGGUGCGCGCAGGUAGGUGGUUUGGUGCGCGCAUAUGGGGAAUUUCGUGCGCGCAUAUGGGGAAUCUCGUGCGCGCAUAUGGGGAAUGUGGUGUUCAUAGGCGGGCGGUACGUGGGGGGCAAGGAGCAGGUGAUGGACCUGCAUGAGCGCGGCAAGCUCAAGCCCAUGGUGGACCGCGCUCUCGGCUCAGGCAGGGAGCUGUGA